UUCUAAAGUCAUCAAACACUUUGGUGGAAGCGGUAACGAGAUUGUGACAUGAAGGCGAAACAUCUGAAAUAGGAAAGUGUUUGCUCUCUCUAUUUCGCAAUGAUUUAACGUUUCUUGGUUAGAGUUGGAAGAAAAAAUAACAACCGUGAGCUAUCAGGAUUAGCGAACACCUCUGGAGGAGGCAAAGACGAAGGGCAGUGGUGGCGUUACAGGGACUGGCAGCAGUGUUGGAGUUGUACAAGAGUUGGAAGCAGUGGGCGGGAAUAUUUAUUUCCAUCUGCCUGUGAAACUGACAAGGAGUAACACGACAUCCAUUCACCGUCCCUGGAGAACGGGAAUUCUGCAAAAAUUACGGGGGCGGCAAGUGAUGGAAAAAAACCAGUGCCAGAGGCAAAUAUUCCUCAAAUUGGGAAUUAAAGCAACACUAACAUUUUUCUAAAUCCAGACUGCACCAAAGCGACAAAAUCGAAAUAAUCAAAUCGUUUUUUGAGCAGCAUUUAGUUCGCGGCAGGGAAUGUCUGAAUUGCGCAACACCGUGAUUAUUUUUUAAACAAAAUCGAGCGUGACACGUUUUAAAGUACUCGUCCUUGGCAAAUUGCAAUAAAAAGAAUAGGGUUGUGGAUAAUGUAGACCAAUUAAGUCAGACUAAGUGUUACCGCUCCACAUGCAGCAAGAAACGAAAAGCAAUGUCUGGGCGUUGAACAUCUAAAAGUCACAAUUUCCUCCCAACUCUUCUCAAACUGGGGACCAAAUAAUUUUGAAGGAAAUUAAGAACCACACCCCCAAAAGGCACACGCAAGUAAACUGCGAUCAACAGCUAUUGAAGUCAAAAGCGGAAAGAUGCGGGAUGGAAACAAUUCAAGUUUGUAUUUUUUGGAUAUGCUUUGUCAAAGAACUUUGCAGCAGGUGGGGCGAGAAGCCACGUAGGAUAUAACGCAGCAUAAAACAACACUUGGACGUUAUGAUGAAGAGAUUGUAAUUGCAGUAAAAACUUUCAGGCAGAACUGGACCUUUAACAAGAAAAAAACCCACGAAAAUCGGUAGCUCUGACUCGCAAUGUGAUUUGGACUCGCUUGCUCUCGGGAAAUUGUAUGUGUACCAGUCAGGUAAUAAGAUCCUGCUGUCCUUGUGCCUUCGGGCUAGCGUUCUACUCCUUCCCGCGUGCGCCCAAGGGUGGUGUUCUAUUCCAUCCCGUGAGUUAAGGGCGGGGUUCCAUCCCGCGUGCUUCCCGGUAUAGCGUUCCACUCCUUCCCGCGUGCUCCCCGGAAUAGUGUUCUAUUCCUUCCCGCGUGCUCCCCGGGGCAGUGUUCCAUCCAUUCCCGGGGCGGGUGCUCGCCUGGGUAGUGUCCUAUUCCACCCAGCGUGCUCCCCGGGGUAGUGUUCUAUCCCAUCUCGCGUGCGCGCUGGGAUAGGGUUCCAUCCCAUCCUGCGUGCUCCCAGUAGUAGUUGCCAUCCUUUCCCACGCGCUCCCUGGGGUAGAUCCUAUCGCGUGCUCCCAGGAUUGUGUUCUAUCUGCACGCUCAAGGGGCGAGUGAGGCGAUUCUUCCUCGGGCUGGGUUGGAUUGCAUUAUCGCACACGUUCAUCAGGCGGGCGUGUUGUCGAUUUUGUGCCAGUGCCUAAAAGAGACAUUGGUUGUGGACCCUGGAUCUCCUGGAAGGGAGUUGACCGUGGAUAGCAUCCUCUCCUUUCCUGGCGUAGCACUCCCCGGACGUGUGCUGGACUUCUGAGACGUUGCUGGACCUUUGAGUCGUUGCUGGACCCCUGAGACCAACGUCACUUAGAAAUGGGCGUGCAAAGACCGAUUUGAAACGAUGUGAACUUCUCAUCGCACUUGCACGAUGACCCUGUUCGAUGGAAGUCCAGGGAGACAGAUAACAGCGCUUGCCAUCCUGGUCUAUCUUCUUAUCCUCAUCCGGACCAAAGAGAUGAACGCCUCGGCCAUCUUUUCAGAUUACUUAUCUAAAGUUUUACGUAGCCAUACGGAGCAAGCUUGUGAUGGCAGUCACCUAAACCUACAUUGUCCUCGAGAUACAACAUUAAGUAUACAGUCAGCAUUUUAUGGACGUAAGGUGCCAAGUUCCCUUUCGUGUCCAAGCUUAAAUCCUGGAAACACUGUAGAAGAAAAUCUAAAUUGCACAGCACCUACCACUUUACAGAAAAUACUGGAUGAAUGCCAGGACCAACAAUCUUGCCAACUCCUAGUCAAUAGAAAGGUUUUUGGACUUGACCCGUGUCCAGGCACCAGCAAAUACCUCCUUGUCUCCUACAAAUGCAAGCCCAAAGAGUACAAACGCAAACUAGCCUGUGAGGGCAAAGAACUUAAAAUACGUUGUAAAAAUUCUGCAUUGAUUAACAUCUAUUCAGCAACAUAUGGCAGAAUGUCAAAUGGAAAUAAAGCUUGCCCUUCAAAUCUCAAGCUGCCUAGAAUUGAAUGUUUGUCGCACACUGCCUUGCAAGUUGUAACAACAAGCUGUUAUGGUAAACAAAACUGCAAAAUUAUUGUCAGUAGCCACUAUUUUGGAGACCCUUGUUUACCUGGAAUGCAGAAGUAUCUCAGUGUCGUCUAUAUAUGUGUUUCCAAAUUGUUGCUACAGGAAGCUGAUCCUGGUUUCUCUGCUCUUGCACCUUCGUGGAUUUACAAUGAGAAUGCCAACAAGUCUUUGAGCCCUCAAGAAUCCAGACUUUCAACAAAAGAAGGAAAAAUUGUAAUCGGCACCCUGCUUAUAUUUGCUUAUAUUAAAAAUAACCCAGAAAUAGUUGGUUUGUUGUUUGUAUCCAGUGUCUGCAUUGGAUUAAUAUUCACACUGUGUGCAAUCAUAAUUCAAGUAUUCUGCAGAAUAGACCUGCGUAAAAUUUACCACAAGAAAAUUGACUCACCGGAAACUUACCACAGGAAAAUGGACUGUUGUCAGGACAAUAGUGAUGUUGAAGGCAACAGCAACAGUGAUGAGUAUGAAAGUACCGAUGAAGAUGAUGAUGAAGAAGUGAGUUCCUCAGACUUUACUUUUGAAGGAUUAACAAAAUUAUAUGGGACCACAGGAUCCAGCAGUGCAGAAGCAGCAGAAAUAGCUGAGAGGAUAGAACGGCGAGACAGGAUAAUACAGGAAAUCUGGAUGAAUGGAGGCUUAGAAGUACCUGUUGUGAGGAACCUUAAUCUGUAUUACUGAUAUCUACGGAGCUCAAAAUCAUCAGAAUGAAUGUAUUGGCUAUUUGCAAUUCGUGGACUUAUUUCAACAAAGCCAUUAUUAUAAUGACAAAGUUAUUUUUAUUUUAUUUCUAUAGAUCCAUUUUAGCUACGUUCCUUCUAUGAAGGAAACCGAUUGAUCUAAAAUGCAUUGUGAAUUCAAAAAUUGAUAUUUUUAGCAGGGUGAAAUCUUUUGGCCAGACCUCAGCUUCAGGGAACUGUGAACGGUUUUAUGAACUCAUCUAUUUUAUGGUAAAUUAAAAAUUUCCAGAUCACUGGAUCAGACCAUUGAUCAGAAAUAUUCUGAAACUGAAAUGUAUUCCAUGGUGACCAUGUUAGAUUCCUUCGGCUUGUGUUUAUACAUUUCACUAAGUCUGAAUAAAAUGAACAUUAAGU